ACAUCCGGUUGGCCAUAAAUGGUUAGCAAGUACAUUGAGAGCAUUUGACAGAUAGCAAAUGCACACUUACAGUUCACAUAUUUAUCGAUCCAGAUAAGUUGCGUUCAAACGGCCAUCCACAUCAAUGAACUAUUGUCGAUAAUGUGCAAUGAUUUGGGCCAGCAGACUUUCAAUGAAAAAUGACAAAUGAAUUAUCAAUAGUGAUUUGUUGGACCAGAUGAAAGACAACAAUACGAAGAAAAUCAAUGUACGUGUGUUCGUCGAAACCGUCAAUGUGCAGUGUUGCCAACCGUUGACAGCCGAACAAAAACAAACUACCAAGUCACCGGAGAUAGUGCUUCGAAGCAAUGAAACACUAUGGCAAACAUAACAGACAAAAUAAAUUCAAUCAGUCACAUUUUUUCUUUUGAAAUAUUCCUUUGAACAUCAUAACCACGUUGUUGUUGACGACUUUUGAAAUAUGCGUCAAGAAAUUUUGCGAAUAAAAAUGUAUAUAGCAUAAAUUUUGAAAAACAUUUUGAUAAACAAAGUGCAUACAUUGGUGAAAUUGUUAAAUUGGUGAAAAAUCACAGUGGAUUACUGUCGACAGGAGGCACAGCACUGUAAAUAGAAACGAAAAAUUUCGUCGAAGUGUGAAGGAAAAAUAGUUGCUCUGAUCUUCUAUAUUUUUCCCUUUAGCAGCAGUAGCAGUAGCAGCUCACUACUACUUUUUCUUUCACAGUUUGGUUCUAUUAUUUUUUUUUUGUUGGUUAUAACAAGAAUCGUGUAUGUGUUUUUUCCCCAUUGGAUUGCUCAGUUAAAAUCGAGUAAUUCGACGAACUAUUUGGCAAAGACAAUAAAUAUCAAGAAAAAUUUGCAAAUAUAAAAGAAGUUGAAUUUUUUUUUUCUGACGGGGAUAAGAAAAAAACCAAAACCAAAACACAGAAACAGUAACAACAGAACAUUUCAAAGACGGUGAAACACAUUUUUUCGGUGAAAUUUUGUGAACAAAGUGUUGUUGUGUGUGCGCAUUAGUUGUGCGUAAAAGAAUUGCGAUUCGAAAGGAGAUAAAAAUAUUUUGACAAUUUGCACGAACAAUAAAAAUCUACUAUUUUUGUUGUUGUUUUGAAAUGUUACGAAGUCGUAUUUCGGAUGUAUGAAUUUGAGUUAAACUCAUGGACAGCGUGUGUUAGUGCCAGUGAAUGAAUCGAAUUUGACAAUACACCAGGCCAUUAGCUGCUACUAUAUUCUUCGUUUAUUUAUUGUUGUCUUUUUUUGUGUUCGCUUGUCGUCGUUGUCGUCCCUACUGUGAGAAUCAAGGCAGUACUGAACAGGAGACAGACCACAACACAACCAAUUGACACGAACUGAACGGGGACGGAAAAAUCAAUUGUGCCGUGGAUUUGGUUCUGGACUGAGUGUGUUCACAUUUCCAACAAAUCCGAAACCCAACAAACCAUCCUCGUCCACAAAGCACGCCGUCGUCAUCGUCAUCAUCAUCAUCCUAAUCACCAACAUCGUCAUUGUCGUCGUGUGUGCAAAACCUUCGAAAAUAUUACGAUUAUUCGAUUAUUGCGAUAUUAUUCUGCACGGUCAUCCACAUAACAUUCAGUCGUGCUAAAUGAGACGGCAGUAACAUUAAAUUCGCUUUGUGCUCGUGUUUUGUGCAGGAGUCUUAUUUCCUAAGCACUGAUUAGACGAUAAGACGGAACAAAGGACCAAAUUCAGUCUAAAUCGACGAUCGAAGAACACAGUCAAACGACUCAAAAUGUCAGCUACUUCAGCUGCAACGAGUGACGAAACGACAACUAAAAAUGUGUCGUCUACGACAACAUCAACGGCAACAUCAUCAUAUGCGAACAUCGUUCAGAAGGACAAUGCCAACGAUAAAGAGAAAUCAAAUGUGAAAACGACCUUGGCCGGCGAAACGGCCAAGAAAUCGGCUCCAACGAAUUCAGCUGCUGCUACAAAUGUGCCAUCAUCCAACACCAAUAACAAAACGGACAAAACCAAGGAAACAAUCGCACAAGAAUCAAAUGCCGAUAACAAUGCUCCGGGAAAUGCAGAUGAUUCGAAUAAGGAUGUCAGUUUGAUUGAUGCGGAAGAUGAUUCAUCGUUUACUCCUGUUGUUUCACACAGUCGAAAAGAUCGGAACAGUCGUCGGAACAAGGAACGUGGAUCAAAUGCGGCUGCAGCUGGCGCUAACAAUGCUGGCCGUCAGAAUCAGUCAAGCAACAAAUCACAACGACAGCCACGAUCUGAAAAUGGUCGCAGCAAAGACGCCACACACAAACGCUCAAAGGGAAAUAACCAUCGUGAUGACAAAGAGAAGUCAGCGGUUCACUCGGAUUCGACAGCAACAACAGGUGAUAACAGCACUUCCAGCAAGGCAAACUCGUCCAGUACCGACAAUGCAAACACUUCGACUGAGGAUUCGAAUGCAUUGGCGAGUGCUGGCAACACAACCACCACUCCAUCGGAAGGAGCUGUGAAAUUUGUUGAAGCACCAUUGCCAAAGGUGAAUGCAUGGAAGAUAAACAAACCAGCGUCGCCAAAAAUUGUACCAGUGUCUCCAGCUGCUUCAGAAAAGCGUUCUUCUCAACCUAAACCGAACAAAGCACAAGAUGGAAAAGAUGGGAAAGAUGCAAAGGAUGUAAAGGAUGUUGGUAAAGCUGUUAAAACUGGAAAUUCGGAACGUCAAAAUGGGCCGGUUGUGGUGAAGGCGUCAAAAGAUAAAAAGAAAAUUAAUCAAAAGGCUAGUGAUUUUACAAAUGUUGGCGAUUGGCCGUCCCUAGGCAAAGGAAGUCCAUCAGUUUCAAUUGCCGCUGCAACAGCAACAACUACAGGAACAGCAACAACCCCAGCAACUGCAACUGAAGCAACAGCAGCAUCAACAACCACUCCAGCAGAACAAUCGUCGAAUGAUGUAGUUAGUAGUACGAAAAUAAAUGCAGAAUCAAAUGAGACCCGAACACUUCCUGAUAAACCGAAAUUUUCGAAUCGAUCGGCAUCAAAUAAUCAUGUAAAUAAGGUGAACGUCACGCUGCCAUCGUCCCAUUCAAAAGUAGGCAACAAUCGAUCAGCUCAUCAAAACGAGACGCAAUCCAAUGAAAAUACGGCAUCGCAGCCAGCGUUGACGACGAACACACCGGUCAGUGCCGUACAAGAAACGACUACGGCACCGAACGGUGUUAUUCCAAAUGGCCAUGUUUCGAAUCAAGUGAACCAGACAAAUGCCAACAACAAUUUGAACAAUCGCAAAGUUGUGGGAAAAUCGAAAUGGGUUCCAUUACCAAUAGAAUUACCGAAAUCUCGAAAACCACGAGAAACGCGAGAAUCUCGGGAGCCACGCGAACCACGCGAGUCACGGGAACCAAGAGAACGAAACAAUAAUGUUAGCAGCAAUAAAAAUCGACGUGAUACAGACAAUGAUACCGAAUAUUCAAAUAGCAAUGAAGCAAACGAAGCCAAAACGCAUCCGGAAAAACCGAAAUAUCCGAGUCGACGCUAUCGCCAACCAAGUACACGUGGUCCAUCAACAACUGCCCAUCCAACUAGCAAACCAUUGGCCAAUUCGUCCCAUCGACCGAGCACUGUUAGCAAUACGGCAUCAACGCGUUCGAGCAAUGCCACCAUCAGUUCCAAGCGCACCGGUGGGCCGGUCCGCAGUAGUGGUGGUAUACCAAAAUCUCGAGUGAAUCGCAUAUCCGGCCAUCAUCACAGCCAAAAUGGCGAAUAUGCCGUCGAAUUCCCCGUCGAUUACUCGCUAGUCAAAAAACUGGUUGCCGAUAAUACUGCUGCUGCUGCUGCUGCUGCUGCAGCUGCUCCAGCACUGUUUAUGCCUUACAUGGGAACAUACUAUUACAAUGGUGUGCCUUCAUAUGCAAAUAUGGAUCCAUCGAGCUUAAAAGAAGCUAUCAGAAAGCAAAUUGAAUAUUAUUUCAGUGAUGAAAACCUGCAACGUGAUUUCUUCAUUCGCCGAAAAAUGGACGCUGAGGGUUAUUUGCCAAUAACAUUGAUCGCGUCAUUCCAUCGCAUUCAAGCACUUAGCUCGGAAAUUCAAGUUGUAUUGGGUGCUGUUCAGGAGUCCGAUCAACUUGAAGUGUUCAAAAAUUUCAAGGUUCGCACUAAAAACGAUCCAACCAAGUGGCCCAUAAAGCAUACACCGGGAGAAGAAAAUCAAAGUCAUAAUCAUCACCAAUUGGAUUCCACUGCAGCUGCGAAACCAGUCAACGCCGUCGCCAUUACAUCAAAUAACUUGCAACCAGUGUAUGGGAUUCCAGUUGUACCGAUCAUUGCAUCCGCUACGCUUACAUGUGUACCACCCCCGCCGACACCAAGAAAUUUUCGUAUACCUUUGAAUGCUUCGAUACAGUCUGAAACACUGCCAAAUAAUGCGAAUAGCACAAAUGCUGAACAUGCGAUUGACGAUGGAAAUUUGAAUCCAGAUGUUCCUGAAUUCGUUCCUGAUUUUUUAGGAAAAUCAAAUGAAACCAAUUUGCCGAAUCCAAAAAACUCCGAAGCUACUAGACUGCAGAAAAAAGAGGGCAACCGUCAGCAGUCUAGUACGGUUGCUAACUCAAAAAACCCAGCAAAUUCGAAUCCGAACUCGAAUAAAAAUAAAAAUUCAAACCCGAACACCAAUGCAAAUGCAUAUUAUAAAGCGGCUUCAAACGAUAAUGAAUCCGCUGAGAACGAAGAAUCGGAUCUUUGGCGUCAAGUGAAACGUCGUUCGAGAACCAGUUCAAAAGAGCCAUCGGGUGGAUCAACGGCAAAUGUGGCUUCAAAGUUACCGGUUGCGUCACAGGCCCAGCAAAUGCCGAAUCAACCAGCGGCCACCGUACUAGCUACAUCGCCACCAGCACAACAACCGCCAUCGGUUGAAAAAGAAGAUUUGGAAUUUCAGUUCGACGAAGAGUUGGACAUCCCAAUUGGACGUGCCAAUAAUUUCACCGAAAAUUGGUCGGACGACGAAUCCGAUUAUGAGCUAUCAGAUCGGGAUAUUAACAAAAUAUUGAUUGUGACGCAAGUUAGACAUCGUGCACCAAAGCACGAUGGCUACAAUCGCACCGGCGAUUUUGUAUCACGAACCAAAAUUACCCAAGAUUUGGAACAAGUUAUCAAUGAUGGUCUGCACAACUACGAAGAAGAUUUAUGGACACAUGACGCAGCUCCGAGCAGCAGCUAUAAAACGCUCAACAUCAUCACGCAAGAAGAUUUCGAAAAAAUAGCUCCGAAAGUGACAAAGAAAAAUCCUGAUGUACCUCCACCACCUCCGCCAACUUAUGACAAUGACUCAAGCGCGCGACUGAAUACAAGCACUGGCUCUGGUCUCGGUUCGAAGAAGGCACGCUUCUUUGCCGUUAACAAGGAGGAAUUCGUUGAUCCACGUACACCUCGGAAGCGCAAAACACGCCAUUUGUACAAUCCACCCGUUGAAUGCCACGUUGGUUGGGUCAUGGACACCGUCGAGCACAGACCAAGAACAUCGAGCUUUGGCAGUUCGGCUGGCACUUCACCAGCAUCUAGCUAUGGUUCGUCUGUUCCACAGAGCUUGCCAAUGUUCCAACAUCCAUCACAUGCACUGCUUAAGGAGAAUAAUUUCACGCAACAAGCUUAUCACAAGUAUCACAGCCGUUGCUUGAAGGAACGCAAACGCUUGGGCCCCGGACAAUCACAGGAAAUGAAUACUCUCUUUCGAUUUUGGUCGUUUUUUUUACGUGAAAACUUCAACAAAAAUAUGUACAACGAAUUUCGUCAGCUCGCAUUGGAAGAUGCUGCAUCUGGUUUCCGUUAUGGCUUAGAAUGUUUGUUCCGCUUCUACUCGUAUGGUUUGGAAAAGAAAUUCCGACCACAUUUGUAUGAAGAUUUUCAAAAAGAAACCUUGGCCGAUUAUGAAAAAAAUCAAUUGUAUGGUAUUGAAAAGUUCUGGGCAUUCAUGAAAUAUUAUAAAAAUGCAGAGAAGCUAACCGUUGAGCCACGCUUGGCCGAACAUUUAACGAAAUUCAAAACGAUUGAAGAUUUCCGCGUGUUGGAGCCACAAAUCAAUGAACUGCUUGAGGGUGUACGUAAUUUGCAAUCGCCGGACAAACGACGCCAUCGCAGCAUAUCAGAAAGUGAAGGCGUUGCAAAUCCAAUUUCGCAAACAAGUCGUGGUGAUUUUACAGUGGGACGCAAUGAAGCUAAUUUUAACCGAAAAAGAUGUGAUUCGUUCGGAAAUCGUCCAGUUACGGCAACGUCUAGUCAACAAAAUCGCAAAACGGGCCCUGGUGGUCGUGUUCGCAGCGGUUCAACUGGAAAUCGUCCUCAAACAGCCAAUCGUCAAAACCAUAUCCAGCAACAAUCCCAGCCGCAACAGAAUUCACAAUCGAAUCCGCAACAACAGCAAAAACGACAAACGUUCACGAUCCGAGAGCCACCGCAUCAACAACAAUCGCAGCAACAUAAUUUUGCAGCACCCCGCAAAGGUUUGCUUAACAUGAAUAGUCACAUAACGUCAUCGAAUGCCAACACUGAUAAGGAUGCAAAAUUAGUACAAAAUAGGAAAGAUAACAAAGAGAAUUUGGCCGAAAUUCCAAAAGCGAGCAGUGACAAAGAGAGUUGUGCUGGAAAUACGGGCACAAACACUACUGCAGGCAGUAAUUCGGCAACGACAUCUUCCAACAAUUUUGGAAAGGUUACUGCUGGUAAUGGUGCUGUCGCAAAUACGAAAUAAACAUGGCCCCUUCUCCUCUGCCACAUCAAUACACAGUGUGCGUGUUUGCUUAUCCGCUCAGAAUGGAUCAUUAACAAAAGAGACACAAAAAAAAAACAGAUGAAAAUGGAGAAUAAUGUGUUAACAAUCCAAAUUACCAUCAGCGAUUGUUAGCUUGGAUUGUUGAAUAAUGCAGCGCGCAUUCUUGUGCCAAAACAAAUAUCGUUUUCUUAGUUGAAAAACACACAUACAAUAACAAAAUAGCAUUUCCUAUCCUCGAUUUAAGUUGGAUUCUUUUUUUUUUUUUAAUUGUAUGGCUCGAACGAAAUUGAAUCGGUUUUCUUCUUUUCUAGCUGCAUUUGCAAUUUUAGCCUUCAAAUCAAAGCAGUGAAUUGAAACUACCAAAAUCAUAUUCAUGUGGACAAUGAAACAAUGUCAUGUAUCAGUGCCAUUGCUUUGAUAUGUCAAAAGAAGCAAUGCAUUACAUUUACCUAACCAAUGAACUCAAUUAGAAUGAAAUGCUACAAACAUGAACACAUCCAUUGAUCUUUUUUUUUAAGUUGUUAUGCAAGAAAAAAGCGAUUUGCUAUUGAAAAAAAAAAUUAUAAAAAUAGAAAUAUAGACGUGGCGCUGAUUAAAUGCGACACGCUCAAAAAAUGAAGCGAAAAUUAAAAUAUAUAUCAGCCAAUCAAACAAUACUAAAUAUAUUUUACAAUUUAAUUGUGAGGUUAUGCAGAAAACAGAGAAAAAAAAUUGAACAUUUUAGAAAUUAUACACACAAUAUUCUAAAACGAAAGAAAACACAAAAAUCACAAAAAAAGGAUUGUGAGUAAUAAUAUAGAAUGUAUAUGGAUUAGGAAAAAAAAAUUAUGGUAACGCUCUUAUUUUUGUAAGUUUGAAAAAGACCUCGAUAAUCUAAUUUCUAUGACUUGCAGUAGUUCACACGCCGAAUGGCAACCAAACUGUCGAAAUUUAUUCGAAAGGCCCAAACUUUAUUUCACAAAGAAAGAAAAAACAAUAACAAGCGCAUUGAGUGAAGGAUAACACAUUAAUUCAACAAAUGAAACAAGAAAUUUAAUUCAAUAAACAUGAAAUAGUAAAUACGAACCCAUUA